AUGUGCAACUCGCUGGAAAUCUCACCAUUGGCGUCCGGCAGAUACACCGCGCGAGACUUAGAUGCGGCGGUGUCUCUCUUCUUUGACCGAGGACCGGAGAUUCUGCUCAUGCAGGCAAAUUGCCAACGUCUCGAGCCGAAUUCAGAGUCAUCACAACCUCAAGAACCCGUGUCAGGAGAUAUGGCGUAUGAGAAUGGAGACCAGGGGCCCAUCGAUUUCACUGAUGUGCAAAACUCGUUGGAACACUUGAACAUGGAUGCCCACGCGAUGGAGAGAUCUAGACGCAGACGGCCGGGAACUGCUCCACCGAAUCGCUCCGCCGGACAAGCUCAACUGGACCUAGACAAGAAGUUCGAUGCGAUGCGAUCUGUCGUGGGAUUGGAUGUGCCUGACGAGGUUCUGGAGCAGCUUCUACGAAAUGCGGGCGGCAACGUGCAAAUGGCCUUGGAGACUUUCUUUGAGAGCGAGAGCAAGGAUUUUGUGAUGAUCAAUUCGUACGACGGAGCAGGAAUUCCAUUACCAAGCGAGGAUCUUGGGAUUGGGAGGAGCACCACACAUCAUCAGACGCUGGAGGACAAGUACGCCUUUCCUCACACCUUGUGUGCAGCUAUUCAAUUGUUACCAUGCAGUGACAACACGCCGAGAAAACCGUACGAAUCCCUUGCGGCUCUGAUAGGAUCUGGCGUCAAUCCUCACAUCCUCGCGCUGCUCAUGGUUGAGACGCAGGGGGAGGUAGAGAAAGCGCUCGAGAAGUAUAGCGAGGCUCGAACCAACCCAGCGGAAGUUGAGAAGUUCGAGAAGGUGGUAACGGCCGAGCAGUACUACCUAAGGCCGGAAGAAGCUGUUCCUGUUUACUGCAACGUGUAUGAUCUAGCAUGGGGACAAGAUGAUAAGGACGGGAAGAAAAAGAAAGUGAACUCUGGUCUACCAGGGAUGGGGUUCGGUAUCUAUCAUUCGGGCAUUGAAGUCUAUGGACGGGAAAUUUCUUUUGGUUACUCUGACGAUGGCUGUACUGGCGUUUUUGAAGUGCCAUCUCGAUGUGCGGGAGGCGUCAUGCCACGAAUCACCUUCAAGGAGGUUGAGACUGCUCCUGCCGUCCAGCCCCUCUGCUGGCGAUCACGAUGGGGCAUAUCAACCGCUCGCGUCAUGAAGUCGAUCAUCUCCUGUCGAGAGAAGUAUCGAGGAGACACGUACGAUCUGGUUCGAAGAAAUUGCAACCAUUUCAGCAAUGAGCUCUGCGUAUGCUUGACAGGAAAGAAGAUCCCAGCUUAUAUUAAUCGGCCUGCCAACGUCGGUAGAGUGGCGUUGAAACUUUUCUCAGUCCCUGCGAUCGCUUUUGGCAAACUCGUGGAUGGUGUGAAGAAAGUGCAGAAGAAGGAUUCUGACGGAGGCGCAAGCGACGGCCCCGUAGAGAACCCGCAGCUGCAAGGUCCCUAG